AUGAAGGCUCCUUGGGGUUCCUGCCGCACUGAGGGCACUGAGCAGAGAGUAAAGCUCCCACAUGUAGGUUUCUCUUAUCUCACACAUAGUCCAUGCCCAGACCCUCUUUUACUCCACGCAUCACUGAAAACCAUCCCAGCCCCGCACGCCUGGUCCCAUCACACACUUCUCUGUACCUCUGAGCCUAUCGCAGCCACAGAAAAAGUUUCUGAGGCGUUUCGGGCCGAGAGGAAGAUUCACACAAUGUCAGGCCCAGGCAAUAGUGCACUUCUGAAGGAAACUAACCACCCCCAGGGGUUUGGGGCAUGCUGA